GUGCAUACUUUUGUAAAUUUCAAAUAGUGCAUGUGUAUAAAAGAUGCUGCAAGUCGAGGGAUCAUUCAAGUCAUCGACGAGAAAACAAUCAACAUGAACUGUCUGCCAUUCCUGUUCGCGCUGGUAGCUCUCAGCCAAGCCGCACCUGAACCAUUACUCGGUUUACUUGGCUUGGAUCUUGAUAUUCCAAUUCUAAAUACACGUCUUAGCAUAGGCGGUAGUAAAAGAGCACAAGGCAAUGCCAACGCUGUCGGAAAUGUAGCUGGUGCAGUACAACAGCAAGCCAAUGCCGCUGGCAACGCUGCCGGAAAUGCAGCUGGUGCAGUACAAGAACAAGCCAAUGCCGCUGGCAACGCUGCCGGAAAUGCAGCUGGUGCAGUACAACAGCAAGCCAAUGCCGCUGGCAACGCUGCCGGAAAUGCAGCUGGUGCAGUACAAAAUAACGCCAAUGCCGCCAUACCCCAAGGUGCUCAGGUUGACGCUCAAGCCAAUGUGCCCGCUGCUGCCGGUGCUAAUGCCGGAGGCGCCGUUGGUAACGUCAGCCAGUAAAGCAUAGACGUUUCUUUAUAACCUUUGAAUUUCAAAGCACGGUUCAUGUUUUUUGAAUUAUCUCAAAUUUGAAUAAAUUUCUUCAAAAUAUAAUUCAGUUCCAUCCA